CACUCUUCCCUCUCCACGUUUCGAUGCUUGAUCGAUUGUUUGAUGGUGGUGUUCGUUUUAGCUUUACUUGAGGGAUACUCAAUGAAGAGUCCUUGAGCUGAAGAUUCUUGGAAUGAGGAAAUAUGGCGAAGCCUGCGUUGAAGCAUAACAUGGAUUAGCUUUUGCCUCGUGACGGUUCUAAAUCUCUUUCGUUCAGUUUUUUGUUCGUGGGUUUGUGCUGUGGCUUAGAUACGAAGCAUUAAAGACCUCCAAUGGUGCCCAUCUCGAAUCUGUUAUGCGAUUUCGGCACGGGCCAAUCGCAGUAUUUCCUCCUUAUUCGAAUGAAACACUGUUGGAAACUUUUACCUAGCCUUCAAGUAUGGCACGGGUCCAAGAGGAAUCUCAUGCUGAGGAGCUGGUUGACGAAGGAGGAUGUCCGGACAGUGGUCAGGGAAGAGUGGGAGCGUGCUAAAUCUGACUUGGCCGAAUACUUUCAAAGUUCCAUGGAGAAUGCUCUCAAAGAGAUUAUGCAACAGAUAAGCUCAACGAAGAAUGCUGUUCCGAAAAAGAAGGAAGCAGUGGAACUUGCAAACAUUCACUCUCCCCACCUCGGAAGGGGAAUAAUAGUCCGAACUACCACUACCAACCCACAGCAGGCGGUCACUGUCAUAGCUCAGGCUAAUGCUGAAUCUACGGCAAAUAAUAAUGGGAGAAACUUACAGCUCCAAUUUCGAACCAAACUGUCACUUCCUCUAUUCACCGGAAAGAAACUAGAAGGAGAGGGGGGUGCUUGCAUUUCCGUUGCCUUGAUCGAUGUGAAUACAGGGUAUGUCGUUACAUCAGGCCCCGAAUCCUCCAUUAAGUUGGACGUUGUCGUGCUUGAAGGUGACUUCAACAAAGAAGAUGAGGAUAACUGGGCCCAAGAAGAGUUUGAGAAGUACAUGGUUAAAGAACGUGAAGGAAAGAGGCCGCUUUUGACAGGAGAUCUCCAAGUGAAGCUCAAGGGAGGUGUUGGGGAGCUGGGAGACCUGACAUUUACGGACAAUUCCAGCUGGAAUAAGAGUAAAAGAUUCAGGAUAGGGCUUAAGGUGGCAUCGGAUUAUUGUGGGGAUACACGAAUUCAAGAAGCAAAAACAGAUGCCUUCCCCGUUAAGGAACAUAGAGGAGAAGCAAAUAAGAAAAGUUAUCCUCCUAAACCUGAUGAUGAGGUCUGGAGGUUGGAGAAGAUUGCCAAAGAUGGGAAAUCUCACAAAAAAUUGAGUGAAGCCAGAAUACAUAAAGUGGAGGACUUUGUACUGCAACUGAUUAUGGACCCCGUCAAACUGAGACAGAUCCUUGGAAAGAGCAUAACACCAAAGAACUGGGAUAGCCUCGUUCUUCAUGCAAGGGAUUGCAAAAUAAAUCGGAAACUUUGUUUGUACUAUAUGGAUAGCAUGAGGAAGGAUGGUGCUCUACUCGACGCUGAUGAUCAACUGAUCGGCCUAAUCAUAGACAGGGUAUAUGUUGCUACUCAUCAACUUUCUGCCCGAGAGAAGGAAUAUGGAGAUACAAUCGUGAAAAAGGUCCUUGAUAACAACAUUGAUGUUAUGGAGUUCAAUGGUGAGACCUUGUCUCCUUCGAUGCAAAAGAAAAGCUCAAGCUCUUUGACUCCACAGAUUUGUGCCGCUCAAGGGGGUCUAGAAGCUCCUCUGGCAAAUGUGGGCUUGACUGCUGAAGGACAAUCGCAAAAUACCAAUUUUGGAAAUGACAUGGAUGAAGGUGUUCCUGUCGCUUCACAUCAGCGCAUAUCUGCAGACCAAAAUGCUUAUUUUGGAAAUGCCAUGAUGUCCUCAGUUUAUCAGCCCAUACCUGCAGACAACUCGAAUGUUCCAUUUUAUCCAGGAGACGAUGGUAUUACUAAUGUCGGAUUGCCAAACGAGUCCCAUGGUAUCACUUUACAAGAAGCGUUGGGUAGCCAAAUGAUCGACGCUCCGAGCCCAGGGGGCUAUAUAAUAAAUGAGCAUGUUCUUUCCACUGUACCAAUAUCAAGCUGCCAAUAUAGUAGUACAUGUCCUCCUGAAGCCAAUCAUGUGACGAAAGAUUUCUGGUCAACCAUGUCAGAUGAUUUGAUGGAAUUGUGGAGAUGAUAACACGUCCUUUCAGACCCUAUUAUGGGAUGAUGGUUUUGUUUAGGUACCAGCAAAGGUGUUAAUGGCUGGCUCAAUAUAAAGGCAGUGAUGCAGCGGGGUUUCUUCAUCAGGAAGAGAGGAGUCAGACUUACGUAGAUAGACAAACCACCAAUUGAAAUCCAGGCUUAUCUGACCAAAAAAAAAAAUUAUCCAGGCUUGAUUUGAUCGUUCUUACUGCCGCAUUAGGAAAAAGAUGAUUCUCCGUUUACAGUCUGAUAGAAGUGAUGGCAUUAUCUUCUUCGAUGAGGGCAUAUUAGUUACUUAUGUGUAUACGACCCUGUCAUUAUUGAUAAUAUCAUUCAUUUGCCCAUAGAA